AUGUCUACCUUUGCAAAAGGGAAGUUGAAAGCAGCGCGAGAAGCAAUUGGAAAGAAGGACUACGAAAAAGCCAGAGAUACAUCUACGGAAGUGCUGGAAUACGAGCCUGAAAAUUACAAUGCAAACGUCUUCCUUGGAUUAGCCCUCCUAAAUUUGAAACAAAUAGAAUCGAGCGAGCAAGCAUACCAAAAGGCGGCUGCUUCUAGCCCCGACCAGCCAUUGGCGUGGCAGGGCCUUUUACAGCUGUAUGAGCAGGCUGCCAACUGGGUCAAGUAUGCUGAGACUCUCGAGCAUCUAGCGCGUUUAUUCUCCAAGGCUGGUGAUGCAAUAAAAUGUGCUGAGACUUUACAAAAAUUAAUUGACCUGCGCCGAAAUCCGGACAGAAGCACAUCCAUCCAGCUUGCAGAUGCUCUAUCAUUGCUACUUGUUGAUUCAUCGCUGUACGCAGUUCUGUCCACAUUGCCCCUUCCUGAUCCUACCAAUCCAACGUCCACGGCUAUCCGUGCUAUCCAAGUGGCAAUACAUAACACACUGCCCGUGCUAGAGGAGAUCGUCUCUAUCUAUGAGAAACAGGAGUCGGAGACAAUCGACUCGGAAGUGGCCAAGCGGAGGACACGUCUCGGUGCAGCAGGUCCAGAGCAACUACGAAAAGAGGUUGGCAGAGAGAUUUUAGGAGCCUCGAAGCUCCCCAAUCUGUACGAUGAGAUUAUGAGACAUCCCAACACAUCUGACGAGUUGCGUCGGGAGACGGAGGCCAAGCUCUUGCGGCAUAAGCUACAACAUAUGCGUAUCCUGCCCUCUUCACCACAAAAAGCGAAGAUUACAGCCGAAUUGGAAGAUUUGAUUGGUGGUAUGGUGCUGCUUAAAAUCAAAGAUGAACUGGCGUGGACACUCUUCAUUGAGGGGAAAGAUGCUGAGAAAAUUGAGGGCUAUGAUCUGACCAUCUUACGCCAAUUUAUUGAGCUAUUCCCUACUUCGCCGUGGGCGGACCUCCUGGUGGGGUAUUUUGGAUACAUGGACAUACCUCUCAACAACCACAACGACGAAGAAACACAACCACAACGGAAGCAAGACCAGGAUAAUGAUCAUAUCGACACGAUCCUUGACGCCUUCGGCAACCUACAAGACUCCAUCAUCGCUCACAGGAUUGUUGCUGAAUUGUAUGAUAAUGAGGGUGACUUAGAGAAUACGAUCAAGGUAGCAGAAAGCGGGCUCGAACUCGUUCUUCGAGCCGAGCAAAGCAAUGAUAGGCCACUUCCCCUGGUCAGGAAGGCCUUCAACGUCGUCCUGGCUUCUUCUUUAGUUCAUUACUACCCUCCGAAACAUCAUGCCCGUGCACUUGGUAUACUAAAUGAGAUUCUCAGCACUGACCACGACAACGUUCCAUGUCUUAUGGGACGCGGGUAUGUCCUCGAAUUCGCAGAGAAGUGGGCUGAGGCGGGGGAAUUAUUCAAGAAAAUCGCGGCGCUGUUACCAGAUGACUUAGGGGACGGAAUUCGUGCGAAAGAAGAGCAUGCUUGGUGUCUUGUGAAUUGUCAUAAUCUUGACGCGGCUGCCACGGAGCUGCGUGAUGUCAUUUCUACUCUGGACACCCUAGAGGAUAAGAAUGAAGACAGAGCGCGAUGUUGGUGGCGACUUGGAAGGUGCACGUGGGACAUGGGAGACGAUCGCCGCGAAGAGGCCUACCAUCACUUCAUUACAGCGUUGAAACGAUCUCCAACGUUCGCGCCAGCGUUCACCGCGCUUGGGAUUUAUUAUUCUGAAUUCCAGUCCCCACCUGAUCCGAACCGAGCAUCUAAAUGUUUCCAGAAAGCAUUUGAACUCGAUCCUCGCGAAACAAAUGCUGCACGUAGGCUGGCAGAAGGGUUUGCCGAGGAACGUGAGUGGGAUCUUGUCGAGGUGGUUGCCCGGCGAACAAUCGACGGCGAAGGCGGUCUGGAAGGUGGAACAGUUACAGCUCGGUAUUUGCCUAUCAACGCUUGGGCUUGGAAGGCUGUAGGUGUGGUUGAACUUAACCGCCAAAAUUACUCUCCCGCUAUUCAGGCAUUGCAGAUUGCGCUCCGGACGGAUGGGGAAGACCAAUUAUCCUGGUUACGCUUGGGAGAAGCUUAUAGCAAAGCGGGACGUUAUGCAGCCGCUCUGAAGGCGCUUGAGCGUGCUCGUGAACUUGAUCCUACCGAUUGGAUAUGCUCUUACUUCAUUGGUGAAGUACAGCGGCAGACGGGAGACUUUGGAGGGGCCAUCAAAGCGUUCGAAUAUAUUCUUCAAAAGCAGCCGUCAGAGCUAGGUGUCCUUGCAUCUCUGAGCCAAGCCUACUUCGACUUGGGUCGUGCCGAAGCUGCUACCGCGUAUUGGGCAAGAGCAGAAAUAUCCUUCGCAUCUUCCAUUCAUACAACACUCCAGCUCGUAGCUGCUAGCCCUGGCUUCCGCCGUGUUGCUUGGAAGACUGCUGCCGAUGCGGUCUUCCAUCUCUCGAAAUUUAACUCAUACAUGGACGAAGACUUCGUGCGAGAUGUGUUAGCACAAAUGGCACCCUUGGUUACUGAGCACCCAAGCCAGACGCUAUCUGGGAUUGUUGCUUCGCCUGUGAGCCUGGAUGAUCCAUCCAGACUGUCUCUGACGGCCCUCGAGAUUGCUCUUGCGGCCUAUGAGUAUCGUAUUUCGCUAGGAUUGUUAGACGACGUCGCAAGUGGAAGCGCUCAUUUUGACCUGGGAUCAGCGUUGUUUGCUUAUUUUCACAAAGUUCAGCUCGACGAAGCGCGAGAACGAGCGCGACAAGAAGCUAUCAACCAGUUUAAAGAAGCGAUAAAGAUGGAGCCUGGUAACGAUCGGUAUUGGCAUGCUCUAGGUAAUGUCACUGCAGAGAGUCAACCCAAAAUCGCUCAGCAUGCAUAUGUCAAGGCUCUCGACAUCAAUUCUAAGAGUACCGUGACAUGGACCGACUUAGGCUUAUUCUACUUGCACUACGGGGAUGGGGAGCUUGCAAACGAAGCGUUCUAUAAGGCUCAAACCCUAGAUCCCGAUUACGCUCUCGCAUGGGUCGGACAAGGGCUUGUCGCUACGCUCAAUGGUCACAGUCCAGAAUCUAGGGCACUCUUCGAACAUGCAGUCGGCUUGUCCGCACCGGUGCCCGAAGCGGAUAUCGAGUUUGCAAAACGUCUCUUCUCUAGGCUGAACAUGGCGGCGCACCCAUCCAGCUCAUCUAUGACGGAUGCGUUCUCCCCCGCUUUCUUUGUCCUUGAUAGGUUCUGCAGGGAACGCCCUCAAGAUGCGUCGGCUUUACACCUUUUCGGGCUUGUGUGUGAACGGAUCGGACACGUUGAGCUCGGCGUAGAGAUGAUCACUCGUGCCAUUACUCUUCUAGAAGCAGCGUAUGAAGAUUCAGAAGAUCCUACAAUUGAGAGACGCUUCACCAUUGCACAUACUAACGUGGCCCGUCUGCGAAUAUCAUUGGGAGACUACGACGGCGCGCUGGAGUCUUAUCAGGCGGUGAUGGGACUACUUCCAGAAGAGCCCGACGACCGUACGUCUAGAAUUCUUUUAACACAGGCCCAAUUUGGCUCGGGGCUGGCCAAUUUCAAACUCGGUCAGCUCGCAGAGGCUCUAUCGUUGUUUGAAGCGGCCAUGGGUACCGCAGCGGAUGACCAAGUUAUGCGGGGUCACGUUGUGAUUCUGCUCGCGCAAGCCCUGUGGGCAAUGGGCACGGAAGAAGGAAGGGAGUCCGCCAAGGCACAGCUGUUGCAAAGCAUCAAUGCCGACUCCGAAAAUCUGAUGGCAAUAAACACCCUAGCGGGUAUGGGUAUCCUAACAGACGAUGAUAGCCUCGUCGACGCCGCUUUGUCCGAGAUCGUCUCACUCCCGCUCGAUCAACGCCUCAGCCGAGAUCCAGAUAGGGAGGUCCCAUAUCUGCUAGUUCAGCAUCACCUCGGACAGGGCAACACGCAGGACGCUUUGGCGGUCGCCCAGAAGGCAGCCGUCGCAGAGCCCUCGCGAUCCGAUAUCAGACAGGAACUGGCGUCGCUGGUGCUCCGGCAGGGUGAAAGCAGCGGGGCACUAGCAGUCCUCGGUGGAUCUGCAGCAGCACGGGAAGACAAUUUGACCCAACUCCGCAAGUCUCUGUACCUGGAAGCAGUCGCGCGGGCGCUCGCUAGUGGGGAUGCUGCAGCACCUGCACAUGAGUCGGUGACGAUGGCACAGAAGGCGGUGGUGUUAUCGCCCUGGGAUCUUCGGGGGUGGCAAGCACUGGCAUUAGCUAGAUCACAAAAUGUAGCAUCAUCAUAA